CGGCGGCGGCGGCGGCAGCGGCGGCGGGCGGGUUGUGGCGCAGCGCGGGGAGCGGCUCGGCCCCUUUCCCCUCCCUUCCUCCCCUCGCGCCGCGCUUCCCUCCUCACCCGCGACCCGGGAACGGGGGGAGGAGGAGGAGGAGGAGGAGGAGGAGGUGGAGGGGGCGGCCCGGCGUCGCUCCGCCGAGCGCUGCCCGCGGGAGGAAGGGGGGCGCGGGGAUGAGAUAAGCGCGGGGGCGGGCGGCGGGGGGGGGUAUGUAGGGGCGGCUCAGGUGGAUGCGGGGGGCGGCGUGAGGCCGCGGGGGGAGGCGCGGAGCGGAGGGACGGGGGCUCUUCCCCCGCCUCGGGAGGCGGCGGGGGCUCGGGGGGAAGCGCUCGGCGGGCUUCCCGGAAGGGGGAAUUGGAUUAAUUCGCUUUUUUUUAAGGGGGGGGGUUUGCGUUCCGUUCCCCCCCCCUUCGCCGUGCAGAAUUGGCGCCGGCAAGAGGCCGCUGUGGCAUCGCGUUUGGCGUCCUUCCCACCCCCUUCCCCUCGGUUUCGCUCCUGGAGGAGUUGCUUGUUGAGGUUUUGGUUGUUUUGAUUUUUUUCCCCCCAAUAGUUUUUUUUUUUUUUUUUUUUUUUCUCCAAAUACAAACCUGCGUUUUGAUUUUUUUUUAACAAUCAAACAAACCCGCUCCCCCCCCCCCAAUAAUUCCCCCCCGCACACAAGCCUGCCUCUGAGAGGGAAAUAGCCAGGUGGAAUCUCACUCUGUUUCCAUGGACAACCCGUCCAUUAUCACCCAGGUGACUAACCCCAAAGAGGAGGAGAUCCUGUCCUGCACUCAGGAUAAAGUGUCCCAAUGUAAUAUCAGCUUGAAGAAGCAGAGGAGUCGAAGUAUCUUUAGCACCUUAUUCUGCUGCUUUCGUGACUACAAUGUCGAGCCACCAUCCACCAACAGCACCAGUGCUCUGCCUCCUUUGGUGGAGGAGAAUGGAGGACUUCAGAAGGGUGACCAGAUGCAGGUCAUGCCUAUACCAAGUGGAAUUUACUAUUUCCACGGGACUGAAGCAGUGCAGCAGUCGUUCCACUACAAGCCACCAGCUAAAUACCUCCUGCCAGAACUGACAGCAUCAGACUAUGGGAAGAAGUGUGUGGUCAUUGAUUUAGAUGAAACUUUAGUGCACAGUUCAUUUAAGCCAAUUAGCAAUGCUGAUUUCAUCGUUCCUGUUGAAAUUGAUGGAACCAUACAUCAGGUUUAUGUAUUGAAACGACCACAUGUGGAUGAGUUUCUUCAGAGGAUGGGAGAGCUCUUUGAAUGUGUACUCUUCACAGCCAGUCUAGCCAAGUAUGCAGACCCAGUAGCUGACUUACUGGAUCGCUGGGGUGUGUUCAGGGCAAGGCUCUUUAGAGAAUCCUGUGUUUUCCACCGAGGCAAUUAUGUGAAGGAUCUGAGUCGACUGGGCCGUGAGCUGAGUAAAGUUAUUAUAGUAGAUAAUUCUCCUGCAUCUUACAUCUUCCAUCCUGAAAAUGCAGUGCCUGUGCAGUCCUGGUUUGAUGACAUGACAGACACAGAGCUGCUAGAUCUUAUUCCUUUCUUUGAAGGACUAAGCAAAGAGGAAGAAGUUUACAGUAUGCUUCAUAAACUCUGCAACAGGUAGCCCUUAACUCUGACUGACUCCUGCUCCUAGAUUGCAGUUGCUAGAGGCUGUCUCCAUCUCUUUCAGCUCUUUCAAAUGUAAGCUUGGGGAGGUCACCCCAGUCAGAAGUGCUACUCUUGAUCUUCCUGUUACAUUGGACACGAAGGACAAUCAUGAGUGAUGCUAUUAAGCCUUCAGAAGCCUGACUCCUAAGGUCAUGUGUUCAGACUACUUUUUUAAAGGAAAAAAAAAAAAGCUAUUUUAAAUGGGACUCUUUUAAUUAAUUUCAUAAAUGGACAUCUUUUACUGGAUCAGCUUUUCUUAAAACAUGCCAAAAAAAAGAAGCUUGUAUUUCAGCAGUUGAAUUUCUCUCCCUUUCUUCCCCUCCCACUAUGCAGACAAUUUUACCCCCCUGCUUAGAGCAGUUGACCUGACUCUGAAUUUUUUCUUACAGAAUGAAGUGCCUUUUUGAAUGUUAUUUUAAGAUAAAAAUUCAUUUUUGUAUAAGACGUAUUUCCAGACAUCUUUUAGUCUUGUAUUGUCUAAAUGCUUUAAAAGGAAAAAGGAAAAAAAAAAUUUAUAGAGCACUGUAAUAUAUAACAAAGGAAAAAGUUGAAACCAAGAUGCUGGGUUCCUGUCUCCACGAUGACAGUGAGUUGUGUUACACUUUGUCAUGCUCAGAAGGUUCAGGCGGUCGUGGGAGGGGUGAACUGGGGUCAUUACCACGGUUAUUUCACUGAUGAGGACUUUGGGCACAGUUUUAAAACAUAUCUGCAGUUGUUUGAGUAUUUAGGGAGUGAUGGAGUUGAGGAAAUGAGGUGGCUGAUAGACCUAAAGCACCUUUAAUUCCAGACAGAUGAAGUUCUGCUGUCUCUGCUCACGCACAACUGCCAUGCCUCUUCUUUUUUGGAAAACCAUUAUCUUGGGAGAACAGCAAGGAGAUCUAUUUAUUAGCUUAAGAUUCUUUUCUCAAAACAACCCAUCUGGGGAAGCUGGAUCUACAUUGAGCUGUUUUGGAGUACUUUUUUCUUUUCAUUGCUGCUACUGUAUACUCACCAAAUGGAGUUGACCAUCGGCUGUUAUACUGUUUUUGCCACUGUGCCUGUGCUAUGAGACAUUUUCUGUAAGCUGCAAACUUGGGCAAUAAAUAAAAUGCAGGCUUCAUAACCCACCCCCAUGGAUGAAUCCAUUGGUAUCUGAUAUACCAGUUAAAGGUGACCUGUAAAGGAUCUUUUUUUUUUCAAUUUUUUCAAUUAAGAUGAAGCCCUCUCCUUUCUUUGAUACAUGAAAAUCCAGGAAGUUUGCUGCCCACACCUUUGAUUUGUAUUUCUUUUUCCCCAAGGUGUAAGGUGCAGAUUAUGAGCUGUAUCAAGUCUUGCUGGAAGGGUAGAAGUUACUAGCCUAGACUAAAAUUGGUCCUCUGGCUUUGGAGUUGAGUUAGAUUCAUCUCUGAAUCUGAGAGCCUGCUUAACAUCUUCUGCAGUGCCAUAGGUAUUUCAGAUGAAUGAUUUUUAAAUAUUUAUGCCUUUGAAGAACAAGGCACACCUUUUUCUUCCCUCCCCCUUUCCAGUGUCACCUUUCAGUUAUUGUCCACAGCAGAAAUCUGCAAACAUAAAAAGUGCAGCUGUGUUUGGCUGUCAUCAGAGAAGACUAAAUGGAUUAUUUGGUGCUUCUAAUUAGCCUCGUGCUAAAUUCUGAAUUGUAGACCCCCUUUGCCUUUUCUCUUUUCCUCUAAAAGUCCCGAUGACUUGAGAAAAAAACUAAUUCCUUUGUGAUGGACCUGGGGCUUGUGAUCCUUGUCUCAAAAACAUUGGUGAAGCAGCUUAACAAAUCCAUCUGAGAGGGGCAGGCCAGUCUGCACAGGCAGUGAGUGGGUGCUGGUGGGUGCAGUAUCAAACUGAGCCCCCCUUGCAGUGCAGCUGUGCUCCAGCUGUGCUCCAGCUGUGGCUGGGCCCAGGGGUGCUGGAGGCAGUCCCGUCACACCCAUGAGUCUCUAGGGCAUCACCCUUUUGUUUCUUAACCAGCUGGCAUCACCUUAGUACUGUAUAAAUCUGUGCCACAACAAAGAGACAAAGUGUCGAGUUUAAAAAUGAAAAAUCUUUAAAAAAAAAAAAAAAAAGCCUACUUUGUUUUAAAUAUAACACAAAAAAAUGAAACAAGAAAAAGGACGUAUGGAUUCUGGUUAGUCCAUUAACGUUUACUUUCAGUUUAAGAUGGUUUAAUUUUGUAUUUGACCUCCAGAGUAAUGAAACUGUAAGCUGCCAAAAAAAAAAGUUGUUCUCUGAGCAGUAUUUUCAACUGUGCCUGUGGCUCCUGGGCCCCAGUGCAGUUUGCAGGGAAGUAUUCAGGUUGUAGUUAGUCGUGCAGGUAUGAGAGGAAUGGCUGAAGAAAUUCAAAGACUUUUUCUUGUUAGCAUUAGACCAAACAAUCAGACAAAGAGUAAAUAACCCACGAGACAGGGCCGUGUGACAGUUGUGACCUGUUGGACGUGAGACAAACCAUGUCACCCGUUUGCAUCUCUGCAAGCAGCGAUUUCAUGAACCAGUUGCCUUAAGUCUGUGAAUGAAUGUUGAUUAUAUUAUUAAAGUGUCUUGUAUUGUUUUCAAAUCCACAUAGAACGGGCAACUGAACUUCUGCACCAGCCUCUGGAGGAAGGGUUCUGAUGAUGUUCUGUACAACCAUACUUGUACUGUAUCCUUUUGGCUCUUAAAACCCCCCAAAUUUUAGAAAACCCAACUUACUGUAACUUACUACAGCAUUAAAAUGACACUUGGUGACAAUACAAAGACAAAAAAACGUAGCACAGCUUUGAUCUCUGUUAGUGUUGAGAGUAUUUUCUAGAAGUUCUGAUCAGUUCUAUUUUUUUUUAACCCACCCAACUCGUAUGGGAAUAAAACUUAGAGUGCUCUGCAAUCAGGUUUGGACUCCCCUGGGUAUUCAAAUUUGGCCAACAACUGUCACAGUUGUUUAUUUUGACACUAUCAUCAUACUUGAAAUUUCAAGUGUUGCGUUUGCGUGGAUAUACAUACGCUAUAUAUUUAGAGUUUCUAGAUUCUAAAAAAAGCAAUAGAGUUCUGUCCAUAAAGUCAGAGAACGAGUGGAAUGUUUGUAAAAUUUGCAAUACGGGUAUUUGAUUGUAUUUUAAAUACAAGAUUUAAAAAAAAAUCAAAUAGGAAAAAGAAAAAACAAACAACCCUUGUUUCCUAAAUCUCUUGCAUAUUUUGAAGUGCAGUUACUGCAUGCAGGUCACCAGGGCUGUUCUAAACCCUGGGUUUCAGUUCUAGUUCUGAAUAUUAUAGAAAUAUUAAAAAAGUCUUUUCCCAGUUGGUCAUUUAAAGACAUGCUGCCUGGCCUGAAGUUCUGUUGUCCUUUUUAUGUUGGGUUAAAAAACGGUUUUUUGCCUGUAUGGGUAUUUUUAAAUGAAGCUGUAAGGCAGAAUGCCUUAGACCCAUGAAACCCAACAGAAGUGUUAAAGGAAUUUCCAUUUGUAACCUUAGGGCUGUGCACAGAAUCCUUGGUCACACCAUGAGGCGUGGCAGGCUGGGCAUGGGGAGAUGGUGGCAAAUGUACAAUAUUGCUGUGUUCAUUUAGGUAGCUUUGGAAGAAUAAUUUUGUCUCUUUGUUUCGCCCUUUUGGUCUUUAUUAAAACAGCAAAAGUUACACGUGGAAGAAACUCAACACCUGGAGGCGUUUUUGGUUGUCAGUGUAUGCAAUCACUUUUCUUACAGCAUGAUUUUGAUUAGACUGGUUGGGGACAAUAAAGUAUCUAAAUGACACUGGUGUGUGCUGAUGUUGCAGCUUUUGAAAUUUCAAUGUUAAAAAAAGAAAAAACCAAGAAAAAGAAUCUGUAGCUGUGUGACUUCCGAAGGCGUGACCCUCUGUUGGACAGAUUGUUUUUAACCUAAUAAACCACAGUUCAGCACAGCCCUAUUUGUAAAACAAAAACAAGUUUGUGCCUCUGAUUCCAAGGUGCUGUGAUGUUUUUUGCCUUUGUGGGGCGAGGAGGGGCAGGUGAGACUGGCGUGGGGCAAUUGCUUCAAAAUCUCUGGGCUAACUAUGCAAAACCAGCUGUCAGUUUUCUGUUUCACAUGAUGUUGUAAAAUCCCAGCUGACUCUCUCUUUAUUUCUUGUUAAAGAUCUAUUGGGAGCUCCUCAACAGAGGAGUAAGCAAUGGAAAUGUUUCUUUCUUUCUUUCUUUCUUUUUUCCUUUUUUUUUCCUUAUGAUGGAGCUGUUUACACUUUGAUGCAAUGAACAAUCCAGCAAUACUUGAGAAACACUACAGAUACCAUAUGAGUGUUUGCAGGAGAGAGAAGUGUUGUCAAUCAGGUAUUGAAUGGUUUCUUUACUGUCACAAAUAAAAAAUUUUAACAAUAUA